CCUGUUGUCAGUUUCCAAGCAAAGCAACCAUGGUCUGCCGUCUUUCGAACCUAGUCCCACGUGAGACCCCCUUCACAGGCUCUGGAAUCGAGAUGUGUGAGAUGGGAUAGAGUCCGGACCCAAAUCAAAGGAGAAGCUAAGAUAAGGACAUUGCAGCAUGACACCAAUUGAGGAUUUGAAUGUUGAAGUGAAGAAGUCACUUUUAAGGAAAUAUCCCAAACUGUUAUCAGGAGAAGAUGAUGAAGAAGAGGGACAAAAGAGGAAAAGAAAGGAACGACCAGGAAUAAUUUAUCUGUCCACCAUUCCCCCUACAAUGCGAGUGAAUACCAUCCGCAAGGUCUUCCAGGAAUAUGGUAUUGUUGGACGCAUAUUCCUGCAGCCCGAAGGGUCUGGAUCUAGGAAAGUACAACGAUUCACAGAAGGUUGGGUUGAAUUCAAGGACAAGAAGAUUGCAAAGAAAGUGGCUGGUAUGCUCAAUAAUACCCAAGUUGGUGGACGAAAGAGAUCUCCCUACUAUGAUUCAAUUUGGAACAUCAAAUAUCUCACAGGUUUCAAAUGGUUGCAUCUGCAUGAACGCCUGGAAUAUGAAAGGCAGGUGAGGCAAGAGCGCCUGCGAACAGAAAUUGCUCAAGCAAAGAGGGAGACAAGCUUCUUUGCCAGAGGAGUUCUCAAGAAGGAGUACAUGAAGAAGAAGAAAAAGGAAAUAAGUCCAAAGAGAAAUGAGGAAGAGACCCUACCUCAGCCCACAAAGAAGCCCAGGAGAGAACCUCUCUGGAAGAAGCCUGAAUCAGGACCAGGGGAUCCAAAUAGGCUAAACCUACUCUCCAGUGUUUUCAGCUGAGGAUCUGCUUGUACAUCUUGAUUAUCUGUGUCCCUUUCUUCCCCUGUGAUAUCCUGCUGUGUAAGCAUUCUUUUAAAUACUACUAAGUGAAUGAGGUUUGUUGAAAUAAACUUGUCCAAAGUCUGCAUUCAGAAGAA